AUGAGACCUCCUGUCCCCGUCUUGGCCGACUAUGGAAUCUCGCCAACCCAUGGCUUCUUGCCAGACGUCUUGCCGUUGACGAGACUGCCGGACCCAUACUACAACAAAUGGGAGUCCGUCAUCGCCAACUUCCAGAACUUGAUCCUCAGCAAGCGGCUGCAAGGUGUCAUCGACCGUCUCCCGGUCCUCACCACCAUCGGUCUGGAACAUGACGCAGAAUGGAGGAGAGCCUACAUGCUCCUGACCUUUUUCGCUCAUGGCUACAUCUGGGGAGGUGACACUCCUCGUGAUCGUGUGCCCCCGAGCAUCUCGGUCCCGCUUCUGAAGAUCUGCGAGCACCUUGAGAUCCCGCCCGUCUCGACCUACGCCGCCUCGGUGCUCUGGAACUUCAAGCCACUCUUCAUCGACGAAGACAUCGAUGACCUCGACAACCUCGCCACCUUGGUCACCUUCACCGGGUCACUCGACGAAUCAUGGUUCUACCUGGUGUCUGUCGCCAUCGAGGCCCGAGGCGGUCCGAUCAUCACCCUCAUGCUUACUGCCGUCGAGGCUGCACGUCAAGGGGACAGCGCAACCGUGACACGUUGUCUGCGUGCCUUUGCUGAGCGUCUCGACGACCUUGGCGAGUUACUUCGCCGCAUGCAUGAGAACUGUGACCCAGGCUUCUUCUAUCGUCGCAUCCGCACCUUUCUGGCAGGAAGCAAGAACAUGGCCGAGGCCGGCCUGCCACGGGGUGUGAUGUACGACGAGGGCGAAGGCAAAUCGGAAUACGUCCAGCACAGCGGUCCCAGCAAUGCCCAGAGCAGUCUCAUCCAGUUCUUUGACAUCAUUCUCGGCAUUGAACACCGCCCUACUGGCGAAAAGGCCGAUCCGGCCUCCGAGUCAGAGCGCGAAGGACGAAGCGCCCCUCCCCUGCACAACUUCAUCCGCGACAUGCGACGAUACAUGCCAGGGCCCCACGCCCGUUUCCUCAACGAUGUCGGGAAUGUUGCAAACAUCCGCGACUUUGUUGAGAGCCAUCGCGCGACCGACCAGCCACUCAGCAUCGCCUAUGAUGCGUGUCUUGCCAUGUUGCGUGCUUUCCGCGAUAUCCACAUCGCGAUUGUCACUCGUUACAUCAUCCUUCCGUCGCGAGAGAACCGAGCGCGUAGCCGUUCUCGGAGUCCCGAGGCUGUUCGUAACCGACAGAAUCUCGCCACUGCCUCCCGCAAUGAGAAACACAAGAAAGUCAAAGGCACUGGCGGCACGGCCCUGAUCCCGUUCCUCAAGCAGGCCCGGGACGAAACGGGUGAGCCCGCCGUGGGGGAGUGGGCCAAGAGGUUCAUGAGCAGGCAGACCAAGACCUCUGGCCAGGGCGACUUCUUCCUCGGUAAAGCGGAGGAGGAGGUCGUCCCCUUGCCAGACGAGCCGAUUGUCGAGCAUGGUCUGGCUGGCACUUGGAAAAUCGACGAUGAAGUUGGUGGCAUUUGCCAUUAUUGA